AUGAAAAAAAUUGAGAAUAGAUAUGAAAAUCCUUAUGAACAUGCAGAAUCCUUUUUCUUUGGUUCUCUUCUCUUAAAAUUACUAGAGGAUGGACGUAUUUCUAUGGAUGAGAUGAAAUCAAGUCCACUCAUUAUGAAUUUUCUAAGAACAGAAUUUAAAGGAAAUGGACAUCUUUCAUUUAUACCAUGUGGUACGAUUUUACUCAUGUUGGGUGAUAUUUCAAGCAAUUCUCUCAUGAGAAUUCGACUUCUCUAUCCAGUAAAUGAGGUUGAGAAAAAUGUGAAGAUCAACACAUUACGAACACGAAUGAUCCUCGCUCAACAUGAUGCAAAAUACUUGGACAGGCAAAACUUGAGAGAUGAGCUUUCCAAGUUGCGUCCACAAUUCAAAGACACCUACCUUGAACCAUUUCUGGAAUAUGUCAUUGCUUCACAGUUUGGUUAUGUCGGUGAAGUAGAGCUUUUGCAACAAGAAUCACUUCUUUACUCUGCUAUUAAUCAUGAGUCAGGUUGUGGUGUUAGGGAUGUCAAUUUAAUGUUUGAACUUGGUAAUUUAUUACUGCAACGAUCAGAAUUGGAAAAAGGCUUUGAGAUUUUCUCAAAAAUUCAGCUCGUCUUUCCGUUUUAUGCUCCCAUUAAGGGAGUAUUGGCUGGUAUUUGCAAACCACAAAAUUUUAAAUUAAUCCUGAACUCUCAACAUCUUACCAACCAUAUACUGACUCUCGAUAAGUGGGAUGUUUGCUUUAAACUUCGAUUACAAGCUCAGAAACAAAAUAUGAAAUAA